ACCGAAUAAACUCACUCCCCCACAGUUUCCCAGAAAGCUAAGGUACGGUGCAAACCCUAGAAAAAUCUCUGUUUUUCUUUUCAAUACAAAACAUACUGCUAUUUAUGGGGCAUAUUUCUAUUGCUGUACUUCGUUGUAUGAAUAGAUAAAUGAUGUAUGUAUAGGUUUUUUAUGUGUGUCCGGCGGAGUCAAUGGGGAAAGGGAGACCAAGGGCUGUGGAGAAGGGGGUGCUAGGGCAUAAUUGUAGUGUUUCAUCUUCUGGGUCAUUGAAUAUACCAUCUGGGCCCGUGUAUUACCCAACUCAGGAUGAAUUUAGAGACCCUUUGGAGUAUAUAUAUAAGAUCAGGCCAGAGGCUGAGCCUUAUGGGAUUUGUAAGAUAGUUCCACCAGAGAGUUGGAAACCCCCGUUUGCAUUGAAUUGUGAUUCAUUUACCUUUCCCACAAAAACCCAAGCCAUUCACCAAUUGCAGGCGCGGCCGGCUGCAAGUGAUUCCAAGACAUUUGAGUUGGAGUACAAUAGGUUUUUAGAGGAUCAUAGCGGGAAAAAGUUGAGGAAGAAGGUGGUUUUCGAGGGGGAGGAGUUGGAUUUGUGUAAAUUGUUUAAUGCCGUGAAGCGGUAUGGUGGGUACAAUAAGGUUGUGAAGGAGAAGAAAUGGGGGGAAGUUUCACGAUUUGUGAGGUCAACUAGGAAGAUUUCAGAGUGUGCGAAGCACGUGUUGAGUCAGUUGUAUCGAGAGCAUUUAUAUGAUUAUGAGAAAUAUUACAAUCGGUUGAAUCAGAAGGCAAGUGGUGGUUAUAAGAGAGCAUUGCAUGAUGAGGGGACGAGUGAGCAGGAGGCUGAAUCGUUUGGCUCAAAAAGAAGACGGAGGAGUAAUGGCGGUGAUAAGGUAAAGGUUUGUAAGGUGAAGGAGGAAGAGCAUGAUCAGAUUUGUGAACAAUGCAGAAGUGGUUUGCAUGGGGAAGUGAUGCUUCUGUGUGAUAGGUGUAACAAGGGGUGGCAUAUAUACUGUCUUUCCCCACCUUUAAAGCAGGUUCCGCUAGGGAAUUGGUAUUGCUUGGAGUGCUUGAAUUCUGACAAGGAUUGCUUUGGUUUUGUGCCUGGAAAACAAUACACAUUGGAAGCUUUCAGGCGUGUGGCUGAUCGUGCUAAGAAGAGAUGGUUUGGGUCAGGACCUGCUUCACUGGUGCAAAUUGAGAAAAAGUUCUGGGAAAUUGUGGAGGGGAUGGUGGGCGAGGUUGAAGUUAUCUAUGGCAGUGACUUGGAUACUUCUAUAUAUGGGAGUGGCUUUCCACGUGCAAAUGACCAGAGACCACAAAUAGUUGAGGCUAAGCUUUGGGAUGAAUACUGUGAUACUCCUUGGAAUAUUAAUAACUUGCCUAAGUUGAGUGGAUCAAUGCUUCGAGCUGUUCAUCAAAACAUUACUGGUGUUAUGGUGCCCUGGCUGUAUAUUGGGAUGCUAUUCUCAGCUUUUUGUUGGCAUUUUGAAGAUCACUGUUUUUACUCAAUGAAUUAUCUACACUGGGGAGAGCCAAAAUGUUGGUACAGCGUUCCUGGUAGGGAAGCCAAUGCUUUUGAGAAGGUCAUGCGGAAGAGUCUUCCUGAUCUUUUUGAUGCACAACCAGAUCUACUCUUCCAGCUUGUCACCAUGUUGAAUCCAUCUGUCUUGCAAGAAAAUGGAGUUCCUGUCUAUAGCAUACUGCAGGAGCCUGGUAAUUUUGUCAUCACCUUCCCUAGAUCAUACCAUGGAGGUUUCAAUCUUGGUUUAAAUUGUGCGGAGGCCGUCAAUUUUGCUCCUGCUGAUUGGCUGCCUUAUGGUUGUAUUGGAGCAGAUCUGUAUAAGCAGUAUCGCAAAGCUGCUGUUCUGUCUCAUGAAGAGCUUCUUUGUGUCGUAGCAAAGAAUGAUUGCAACAGUAGAGUAUCACCUUAUCUGAAGAGAGAAUUGCUUAAAAUACAUGCUAAUGAGAAAAGUUGGAGAGAGCGACUGUGGAAAAAUGGAAUUAUAAGAUCAUCUCCCAUGUCCCCUCGGAAAUGCCUUGAAUAUGUUGGCACUGAAGAGGAUCCAACAUGCAUUAUAUGCAAGCAGUAUCUCUAUCUUUCUGCUGUUGUUUGCCGCUGUAGGCCAUCUGCCUUUGUGUGUCUGGAGCACUGGGAACGCCUUUGUGAAUGCAAAUCUAGUAAACUGCGUCUUCUUUAUCGUCAUACACUUGUAGAAUUGUAUGGCCUUGUGCUUAUGGUUGAUAAGCAUUGUUGUGAAGAGACUACACAAAGUAGGAAUAUGCGAAGGCAAAUAUCAAGUUCCAGUGAACAAAAUGCUUUGACAAAAAAGGUGAAAGGUGGCCAUGUUACUCUGGAUCAGCUUGCAGCCCAAUGGCUUUUGCGAGCAUCGAAGAUUUCUCGGAAUUCAUUUUCAAGUGAAGCCUAUGUUGCUGUGUUGAAGGAAGCUGAACAGUUUCUUUGGGCUGGUUCUGAAAUGGAUUCUGUGCGGGACACUGCAAAGAAUCUGAUUGAAGCGCGGAAGUGGGCAGAAGGCAUAAGAGAUUGUCUGUCUAAAGUUGAAAACCGGUCAUGUCAUUCUGGUGGUGAUCUAGAUAAAGUUCACUUUGAAUAUGUUAAUGAGUUGCUGAGUUUCAAUCCUGUUCCCUGUAAUGAGCCCGGGCAUCUCAAGUUGAAGGAACAUGCAGAAGAGGCAAGGCUGUUGGUUCAGGAAAUUGAUCAUGCUCUAUCAACAUGCUCAACAAUUUCUGAGUUGGAAUUUUUGUACUCCAGAGCUUGUGGCCUACCAAUAUAUGUGAAAGAGAGUGAGAAGUUAUCCCUGAAAAUUUCUUCAGUAAAGGUCUUGAUAGAAAGCAUAAGAAAAUGCAUCUCUGAGAAACAUCCUGCAGCAAUUGAGCUUGAUAUCCUUUACAAGUUAAAGUCAGAGAUUUUGGACCUUCAAGUUCAAGUCCCAGAGAUGGUAAUGCUUUUGGAUCUAUUAAGGCAAGCUGAAUUAUGUCGUGAUCAGUGUGGGGAGAUGUUGAAAAGUCCCAUUAAUCUAAAGAAUCUCGAAUUGCUUCUUCAAGAGUUGAAUGGCUGUACUGUUAACAUACCAGAGCUGAAGCUUUUGACGCAAUAUCACAUUGAUGCUGUUACAUGGAUCUCCCGUUUUAAUGAUGUUUGUUUGAACAUUAAUGAACGGGAGGAUCAUCACAAUGUAGUUGAUGAGUUAAGUAGCAUUCUCGAAGAUGGGGCAUCUUUAAGAAUCCAAGUUGAUGAAUUGCCUCUAGUCGAGGUUGAGUUAAAGAAGGCCUGUUGCAGGGAAAGGGCUCUUAAGGCACGCUGUACAAAAAUGUCUCUGGACUUCAUUCAGCAACUGAUGGUGGAGGCUGCAGUGAUUCAGAUUGAGAAAGAGAGAUUAUUUGUUGAUAUGAAUGGAGUACUUGCUGCUGCCAUGCAUUGGGAGGAAAGAGCGAAAGAUAUUCUUGCCCAUGCAGCUCUAAUGCGUGAAUUUGAAGAUGUCAUGAUGGCUUCGGAAGAAAUAUAUGCAAUUCUACCCUCUCUUAAUGAUGUCAAAGAUGCAGUAUUAAUAGCCAAGUCCUGGUUAAAGAAGUCAGAGCCCUUUUUAAUGGUUGCUAUGUCUGCUGCUCCUGCCUCAAGUUCUUUGUUUGAAGUUGAGGCCUUGAAGGAGUUGGUUUCUCAGUCAAAGCUUUUGAAGAUUUCUUUGGAAGAAAGCAGGGUGCUAGAAACGGUUUUGAGGAAUUGCAAGGAGUGGGAGCACGAUGCAUGUUCUGCUCUGCAAGAUGCUAUGUGCAUAUUCGAUUUGAGUGAUAUGGGCGAUGGAAUGGGCAAAUGCCUUAUUUUGAAAAUAGAAUCUGUAGUUUCUAAAAUUGAAUCUGUCAUAAAAAGUGGAUCAUCUCUUCAUUUUGACUUUUGUGAGAUUCCUGACCUUCAAGGUGCACAUUCUACCCUGCAAUGGUGCAAGAAGGUGCUUUCUUUCUGCUCUGGUGCUCCUGCUUUUGAGGAUGUCGAGAGCUUGAUGAAGGUUGCAGAGCAACUUCCCCAUAAAUGUGCCUCUGGUCCCUUGUGUAGCUCAUUGAUUGAUGGGGUUAAAUGGCUAAAGAAGGCCUUAGAGGCCAUUGCUGCGCCACACAAUUUCAAAAGAUGCAAGCUGAGUGAUGCUGAAGAAGUUCUUGCUGACUCUCAGUGUAUUAAAGUCUCCUUUCCGGUGAUGGUUGGUCAACUUCAAAAUUCUAUUCAGAAACACAAGCUGUGGCAAGAACAGGUGCUUCAGUUUUUCAAUCGUAAGUCUGAGGAUCGAUCUUGGUGUUUAAUAUUACAGCUCAAGGAGGUUGGAAAUUCUGUUGCUUUCAGUUGCACCGAACUUGAUUUGGUCUUAUCUAAAGUUGAAAAGAUUGAGAAGUGGAUGAAACACUGCAUAUAUGUUGUAGGAACUUCAAUUGGAGAUGAGAAAUCUCUGCUUGAUGCUUUAUGGAAGAUUAAAAAGGAUCUAGAUAGAUCUUUGUACAUAUAUGAAACAUCACGUGCCUGCAAAGCAAGAAAUUUAUGUAUCUUCUGCUCCAGUGAUGCUGAGGAUCUGGUGCUUCUUACUUGUUCAAUAUGCAAGGACUGCUAUCAUUUGCGGUGCCUAGGACCAAUGGCAACAGAUUCAAAUCUUGUAGAAGUGUAUAGAUGCCCCUAUUGCCAAUUUUUGCUGGUUGGAUCAAUUUGUCAAAAUAAAGGCGGCCCUCUGAAAUUUGGAGGGAAGCAUCCUGACUUACAAAUGCUCAUUGAACUUCUACAUGAUGCUGAAGAUUUCUUUGUAUGGAUUGAGGAAAGGGAUGCAUUGAAACAACUUGUGGAUCAAGCUCUGGCAUGCAGAUCUUGCUUGACAGAAUUAGUUGAUUUUUCUUUGGCUUAUUGUGAUAAAGAUCUCAGCAUUGUCUCUGAAAAGCUAACUAUUGCCAUGAAGGCCAUUGAAGUUGCGGGUCUCUAUGAUCAGCUGGGUAAUUGCAACCUUGAUCUGGCAUUAGCAAGAUUCUCAUGGAGCUCUAAAGGCAGCAUACUAUUACAGAGUUUACAUAAGCCCACAGUCCAACAGAUUCAGCAGCAUUUGCAAGAGGGUCUGGCUAUGAACAUUCCACCUGAAGAUCACUAUAGGCAAAGACUGACAGAAGUGAAGUGCAUCGGCUUACAGUGGGCAGAACAUGCCAAGAAGGUUGCGGCAGAUUCUGGGGAUCUCAGCUUAGAUAAAGUUUUUGAACUUAUUGCGGAAGGUGAAAGUUUGCCUGUUUGUGUGGAGAAGGAGAUUAAGUUACUAAGAGCUCGAAGUAUGCUUUAUUGCAUUUGUCGAAAGCCUUAUGAUCAGAGAGCAAUGAUUGCUUGUGAUGUCUGUGAUGAGUGGUACCAUUUUGAUUGCAUUAAAUUACGUUCCACACCAAAGGUCUACACCUGUCCUGCAUGCAAGCCUCAGAGAGGAGAAUCGGUGGACCAUGAUAGAUCAAUACGUGCCAAAUUGGCUGUGCCUAAGACACCCUUUCCGGAAAACACAGGUUCAAUAAAGAAGCCGAGAAAAGCUGAGUCUAGCCUAAGGCAAAAGAUCCUUCCAAUUACAGAUCAAAACAACAGUUUGAGCAUUGGGAAUGAACAUUUAUGGUGGAGAACUCGGAAGCCUUUCAGAAGAGCAUCUAAAAAACGUGCUGAGCUCAGUAGUCUUUGUCCAUUUUUCCAUAUUCAACAAUAGAAAGGGACAUUGAUAGCUAUCCAUCAUUCAAUUCAUUCAAUUGAUUCUUAUGGUUUCAGAAUUAUCUGUUUUCAGCCCCUUGAGAAAUAAUGAGGAAACUCUCUUAUUUGUACAUGCAUAUGAGCAUGAGAAAAAUUUUGAGCAGGCCCUACAAUUUGAUAUUAUAAA